ACUCACAUGACGUUGAAUGAAAUUAAAAACAUGUCGAAGCAGCCAAGUGUAGUCUUUUUAUGAAUGAAAAUUUGUUUUCUCCAUGUUAAUUACUCUUCUUUCGUUGUAAAGAUGCCUUGAGUGCAAAAAUAAACAAAGAAAUGGGUGUAAAAGAGUCAAAAAUCAGCUUUUUUCCUUUCGAGGAGGUACAUAAACGAGUCAAAGACGAUGAAUUGAAAAGACUACGUCUAGCUUUUAAACGGAUUGCCGGUGCUAGUGGUGUAAUGAGCAAAACAUUGUUUAUUCGUGAAGUUCUCGGUGAUGCAGUGCCUAUAAAGUUGGCCGAGCAAAUGUAUGUUGCAUUUGGAGGAGCUAGCAAAGGUAUUGGUUUUAAAGACUUAAUAUCUGGCCUGGCUUUGCUAACAAGAGGGUCACUAAUGGAUAAACUAAGAUUAAUCUUUGAGAUCUACUCCACUGAUGGCAAUUAUAUCUAUCAAAAUGAUAUGGAAAGUCUUUUACUUACUACAGAAGGAGGACAUGUUCCACAAACAAUAAAAGAAUUGUUUGUUUUGAGUGAAAAGGUUUCUUCAUCAGAUUUCUGUGAUUGGUUAAGAAGAAAUCCUGACGCCAUCACUCUUUCGCAAUGGUUAAUUAAACAAGGCAAUACACUACAGCUGACUGACUAUGGGGAGACACCGACAUUUUAUCAAACAUUGGCAAAAUUUACAGGAUUACGUGAAACGGACAUCAUUGAACUGGAAAAGCGGUACUGGUAUUUAAAAACUGGAACGAGAACCGGAAAAUUUGAUUUAGAAACUUUCACUCCACAUUUAUCUACUUGUGUGUCUGACUGGCUGGCGACAGCGUUUUUCAAUGCGUUUGACGAAAAUCAAGAUGGACAUAUUGAUUUUCGCGAGUUGGCCCGUGGAGUCGCGACCUGUUGUCGUGGCCCCAUUGCCCAAAGGAUAGCAUUUACGUUUAAUGUAUUUGACGAGGAUCGAGAUGGGCUUCUCUCUCAGGACGAAAUUACCAACAUGAUUACAGCUUUGAUUCGACUCAAGCUGGAAAACAUUCCUGAUUCGUCGAAGGAUAACACAGAUAACGCUGCUGCUGAUGUUAAAGUUUUGAUUGAUGAAAUAAUGAAUGACUAUGAUGCAGAUAAGGAUGGCUUUGUAACGCCAGAAGAAUACAAAAAGUGGGCGACAUCCCAUUCGCUGGCUCGUCUACUUUUGGAUAUUUUGUUUCAGGUGUGUCACGUUGUAUUUGGACUUCGACCUGCAACAAGGAAGGACGAAUAUCAGGUUAUAUGGGGAUGGUUGGAUCGAGAGAAUGUGCGUGGUUUGCAACCAGGCAAAACCUGGUAUCUUAUUUCUAUGACUUGGUGGAUGAAAUGGAAAGAUUUUAUUGGAAACCAAAAAUCGGUUGUUGCUCGUAGUUUGUCCACCAGUGAAUUGGAAAGGAAUGGAGUAGUGUUAUCGGGACAGAUAAAUUUAAAAUGUAAUGGAUUAGAGGCAACAGAUAUUUCCGCACGUAAAGUAAAGACUCCAAGACGAUUAUCUCAGCCUAAUCAAGGUGUCACAUCGACGUUAAAAGUGAACGGAAUAGACGCGUCGAGACCAGGCUCCAUUGACAAUUCAAAUCUUAUUGAAGCUGAUCCUCGUAAGAUUCAGUCAUUGACUGCCGAUGGCGGUAAAUUAAAGUGCUCGUUACCUUUGGUUCAAGGAAGAGAUUUUGAAAUUGUUCCUGAGCUUAUUUGGAGGACGUUAGUUCAGUGGUACACUGGUUCACCUGCUUUGCCAAGAAAUGUUAUAAUCUCUUCCGAUGGAGAACCAUCACCUACAUUAGAACUCUUUCCUAGAGUCCUAAAACUCUAUCGUCACAGUAACAUGUCUACAAAAAGUGGCUUCUCGACCUGGUCAGGCAUUCAUCUUGGCUUGAGCGGUUUUAAUGUUGCUCAGGCAGGAAGUGGCGGGAUUUCCCCUCAUGUGGUCACACCGAGACGACAGUUUAGUUACACGGCUACUUUUAGUAGAAUGAACACUCUGCAACAGGUGUUCGACUUUGUUUGUCAAAGGCUUCGUUUCAGAUGUGAAGAUGUUCGACUGUGGAACAUGGCGGACGAGAACAAUCUUCAACUUUUGGACGAAGAUCAGUUCUCGCAAACACUUGAAUCACUUGGAAUUGUUGAUGAACAUCCAAUAUUAAUUGAAGUUCGUAAUCGUGACAUGAGUUGGCCUGAAGAAAUGACAUCUAUGGCUUUAAAUAAAGCAAUACGUGACAAAAGACCACAUGGUAAAGGUAUGACAGGUCUAAGUAAUUUGGGAAACACUUGUUUUAUGAAUUCAGCCAUUCAAUGUAUGAGUAACACUGUACCAUUGACAAGUUACUUCACCGAAGGAUAUCAUAUGUACGAAUUGAACAAAUCCAAUCCACUCGGCAUGAAAGGUAAUAUUGCGUUGCGUUAUGGCGAGGUUGUUCAAGAUCUUUGGAGUACAAACUAUCGUUCAAUUGCUCCUCUAAAGUUAAGAUGGACUAUUGGUCGUUAUGCUCCUCGAUUUAAUGGUUUCCAGCAACAAGACUCACAGGAAUUUCUGGCAUUUCUUCUGGAUGGCUUGCACGAAGAUCUUAACAGAGUUCAGAGUAAACCAUAUGUUGAGUUAAAGGAUAGCGACGGAAGACCAGAUGAAGAUGUUGCUCAUGAGGCGUGGGACAACCAUUUAAAGAGAAAUAAGUCGAUUGUUGUUGAUCUUUUUCAAGGUCAGUUGAGAAGUUGUGUUCGUUGUUUGAAAUGUGACCACGUCAGCGUUCGUUUUGAUCCAUACACAUUUUUAUCAUUACCUAUUCCUAUGGAUAAUUCUAUUUACGUCGAAUGCAUUGUUGUUACUCUCGAUGGCAGUGUUCCCGUGAAGUACGGCUUGUUGUUAAACAAAGAAGAUACAUACAAGACGUUGAAAAAAGAGUUAGCCAGACUUUGCUCUUCGACGCCCUCUCAGCUUUUAAUGGCCGAAUUACUGGGAGCCGUCAUCAAGGGACUUCCUUUGGAUAAUCAAAAAGUGCGGUGUAGCCUAUCGGGAAUGAUGUACGCCUUUGAGAUCCCACUGCCUUCUACCAUUGAGGAAGAUAACCGUCCACCAAGUGUCGAUGCUGUUAGUAUUGGAGAAGCAACUAGUGAAGAGAUGACUGUAGACGAUGAUACGCAAUCAUUGCAUUGUCCAGAGACGAAUAAUGAAGAGACACGCGUUUCUUCGACUGCUAUGUUAUGUAACGAAUCUAGUGAUACUCAAUGCGUUCGAAGUGUCAGUCAAAGCAGCUCUGAGAGAAAUCACGGUGGAUCAUUAAAAAUUCCAUGUAUUAGCAGGCAGACAUCUGAUGAAGGCUUGGACAUCGAUACGGUUACGUCCGGAAAAAGCAAUGCUGGUUUUUUGAAACAAUUCAGUCCGAGGUUUCUACGAAGCAUACCGAAUAAAAAGAACUCUUCUUCAUUUAGUGAUGGACUUGGUAGUCAUUUAAGCAUUGAAAGCUCAAAAAAUUCUUAUGCUCAAGCCCACGUCAAAUCAGCGAAUUCUUCAGUUUCAAAUGUUGCAUCUAGCUCCAUUACUGUCGCACAUUCUGCUUCAUCACAAGUAUCUAAAAGGUCAAGUCGGACUUCUUAUCUCAUCGGUUUUCAUCGAAAACUGAUGAGAUUAGAUGUGUACUUCAUCGCUCCACAGAAGAAUCGUCGAAGUUUGUUUGGAUAUCCACUCAUUAUACCGUGUUGUCCGAAUACAAAGAAUAGCGAGUUGUAUUCAAGCGUCUGGCGGCAGAUAUCUCGUUAUGUUAGCGCACAUCCGCCAGGAGACGAUUCAUUGUCAAACAGUGAGCAAGGCUAUCCAUUUCAAUUGAAAAUCGUGGAUGAAAACGGUCUUGUCUGUGCUCAAUGCUGUUGGUUUAAGUUUUGUCGCGGUUGCACCAUCGAAUGUGAUGAUAAAGAAUUUAAUUUUGAUUGUCAUUACGUUGCCAUUGAAUGGGAGCCUACAACUUUACAUUUACGUUACCAAUCUUCUCAGGAAAAGGUUUUUACUGAACAUGAAAGUGUUGCAGAAAGUCGUCGUCUUCAAACUGAACCCAUCGACCUUUACGAGUGUUUCAAAGCAUUCACAAAGGAAGAAGAACUCGGAGAAGAUGAAAUGUGGUAUUGCUCAAAAUGUAAGAAGCAUCAAAUGGCCUGUAAGAAAUUAGACAUAUGGAGUCUUCCCCCUAUUCUGAUUAUUCAUCUUAAACGAUUCCAGUUUAUGAAUGGUCGUUGGGUAAAGUCGAACAAGAUCGUUAAUUUUCCUAUGGAAUACUUCGAUCCAUCUGAGUUUGUUGUCAAACGUUCAGCGGAAGAUGCAAAAUGUGUGAAAACAGUUAACGUACAAACAGCUGUUGAUAAUAAUCUAGAAAAUACUGGAGAAGAUUCUCAUCAAGAGGCUGAUAACAUGAUUUUGGACCAGGAUCUUGUCGACUUCGAGAUGCAACAAAAGAGUUCCAAUGAUUCAGGCUUAACUUCAAGCACUUCAAGUACAGAAUCGUCCAUCGAAAAUGAAGAUAGCUCUGGUUGUCUUUAUGAGAAUGGAAGGCAUCGUGAAAAAAGGUCGAAAAAACAUGAGUUGAAGGAAACGAGAGGUGAAAGUACUGACGAUGACAUGCAAUGCGACAGGUCUCUAAAGAAUAAUGAUGAAUCAAAUGGUAUUGAUCUCUCGUUAUCUAACGACAUUUCCAAGAUAUCUGAUGUGAGGCUAUCUAAGCGAGGUUCCAUAGUGAACUCGUUACCUUCAAGUGGAGCUUCAAGUACAAUGAGUGAUGUCAACUGUAUUGAUAAACAGUUGUCAAUUGUUACAAAUAUGGAAACUUACACUUCGUCAAUGCUUUAUAAUCUCUACACGAUUUCGAGUCACACGGGUGUUAUGGGAGGUGGUCAUUACGUUUCGUUUGCGAAGAAUCCAGACUCUGGAUGGUAUUGUUUUAAUGACAGUAGUUGUAAGGAAACAACAGCAGAAAGAGUUUCCAGAGAGUCCCCAUAUUUAUUGUUUUAUGAGCGCGUUGGUGUUCGUGAGGAAAAUUUUAAACCAGACAUUUAUGAUCGCAAUCAAGAGUCGCCAAAAGACGAUGAUGAAAUUGAGAAAGAAAUGAAGAAAGCUUGCGUUCUGCAAUAAAUUAGAUGAUGACGCUUUAUACCUCAAGAAAGUCGUUAUUAGCGUUGUCUCCAACGUGAACGGUUCAUUUCCGCUGAGCAAAAAGCUUGUCAGGCUUAUUGUAGCCCAACUUAAAUGAUUCCCCAUUCACAUUUGCCGCGAACCACGUUCCUAACUACAAAUUUAAUAUUUAUUUUGUGCCGAGUUGCAAUGAUGUCUAACAAUUUUUAAAUUGAUUUUGGGGCAAAAUUAAUGAAUUCAUUAUGCAUGAACUACAUCAAGCAAUUUUUGUAUUAAGACCUUUCUUAUCGUAAAGGUGUUUUCUAUCAUUCAAUUUCAAUGCCCGAAUGGUG